AUGUUCCGAAGACAUGGUGAAAUCAAUUCAAGAUGGAAAGUCGAUCAACUCAAUGCAAUCGCUCCAAGAUUGAACUCUCCAACUCAAAGUGAAGCUGUUGCAAGAGAAACAGAGAUGGCCCAAAACAAGAUUCUCUAUCCUGCAAAGCUCGACAAGAGCAUGCAAAGAUCAGCCUACUUCGAGACAAACAAGAGAACCGUCAAAUCAAACAUCAUGCUGAAGUUUGUGACAAAGGCAAUGGAUAUCAAGCUUCGAGGUGAAGCCAAUUUCACGACUACUCUUGAAGAUCCAAUUGAACUCUUGAAACGUAUUGAACGAGUCAUGAAGAAGAGUGCUGAUGCUGAGUAUGAUUUCUUGGAUUUCUGGGAAGCGAAUCAAAAGUUCUUUGCUAUGAAGCAAGGAACAACCAAAAACUUGAUGCAUUUCAAGGAAGGAUUCUUGAGACAGGCUGAAGUCCUGCAAGAUCUGUCCAAUAUGAUGUUUGUUCCAAUCAAUGAAUACAUACUGGUACGCAAUUGGGACAUGGUCGAGGCAAUUCUGAGGAGUAGAACUGGAUUUGAUGGACAAAAUGGUGAGUUCCAGCCGAUGCUUGCUGCAGAAUUUUGA